UGUGCGUCCUCGUCAGGGAUAUUUUACACAUGAAACAGAAGAAAUUAAGGCGACCCGUGUCAUGAAAGUACAAAAUAAAAAGCAUAAAACUUUAUUAAAAAUUAACGAAACGAUAUAUCACGACAAAGUACCGAUUUCUACACGGUUUUACCUUCAAUUGUUAAAAAAAAGCCAGUUCAUACAACACUUCAUAGACACUGAAAAUUACGAUUACGCCUCGGAAAACGAAAAACCGGUAAAUAAUCCUGAACCUAAAAAAGCAACGACAAAACGCGACGAGAAAAUUUACAAUUUAAGAUCGAACGAAGCGAAGACCGAACGUAAGAUUUUCACAGAAAAAAAAACAAGACGGUACAAACGCACGAAACAAACACCUUUGCCUCAAAGAAACGAUUUAAAAAAAGAUAAAAAGAUACCCUUGGCGCCAAUUAUCGAAGAAAUAAAGAAUAGAGAGCUCAAAGUAAAACCGGUAAAGGGUUCGGAAAUUGACAAAAUAGCCGAGAAAUUGAAAAGUUUAGUCGAAAACAAUGCCGACGAGAAAUUGAACAAUGAACUAUUGUUCUGUAAGGAAUCAUUCGAUAAAGAGAACGUAGAACCUCAAGUUAUUGAAGAUGUCAAAGAAGAUUUGGUGGACAAAGAAUGUGCGAAAUUCCGCGAAUGGGAGCCCCGUCCCCGAUCAAGCCACGUGUGCUCGUACUGCGGUAAAGGAUUCGACAGACCCUGGGUGCUGAAGGGGCAUCUCCGUCUGCACACUGGGGAGCGACCCUUCCCAUGUCCUCAUCCGCACUGCGGCCGGACCUUCGCGGAUCGGUCCAACCUGCGCGCCCACCAGCGCACGCGCGGCCACCACUCGUGGCAGUGGCGCUGCUCGCACUGCGGGAAGGCGUUCAGCCAGCACCGCUAUCUGGAGCGACAUCGAGCUGACGCGUGUCGCAAGUACAAGUAA